AUGUUUUCAGACAAAUUUUAUUGCUUUCUAAUAUUCUUCAUUUGUUUUCUUUUCUUGUUUUUCUCCGCACCCUUUUCUUCUAGUUAUCUCUUUUUUCCUCUUUAUUUUUCUUUUUCUUUAUAUCUUCUUUUCUUCCUCCUUCUUCUUGUAUUCUUUUUUCUAUUUUCUUUCCUCGUCAUCUUUUUGCUCUUAUUUUCACUUUAUCUUUUUCAAUAUUCUUCAUUUCUUCAUAGUUCUUCUUCGUUUUCUCUAUUAUUCUUUUCUCCUCAUUCUCUUUUUUUUUCUCUCUUUCUUUUUUUAAACCACUUUUCUUGUUUUUCUACUUUUCUUCUUCAUCUUUCUUCGUUCUUAUUUUUCUUCUCUUCUUCAUUAAUUUUUUUUUUCAAAAUUCUUUUCUCUUCCUCUUUUAUAUAUUUGGCUUCCUAUUCUUCUUCUUUACCACAUUAUCUUUUACCAUUUUUUCCUUUUCUUUCUUUUCCCAUUCUUCAUUUACUUUUCCGUCGUCGUCUUCUGUGUACCAAGUCCGUUUUCUUCUCUUUGCGUUUUCUCUUUUCUCAUUCUUUCUUUGCUUAUACAUUCUUUAACUUCUUCUGUAUAUAUUCUCUCUUUAUUAUACUCCCUUUCUUCUUACUCGUUGUUUUCCUCCUUCUCUUCCUUCUUUUACACUUUCUUAAUUCAUCCUCUGUUUCAUCUUCUUUCUUUGCGGACUCAUUAUCCUUUUAUUUUUCUCUUCUUAAUCUUUUUUCUUUUCAUUCUCCUCCUCCUUCUCUUUUCUCCGACAAGAUUUUUUUCUUUGUUAGACUGUUCUUUUCCGCUUUGUUUAUUCUUCUUUUUCUUCUUAUACAUUUCUUGCUUUGUUAUAUUGGUCCCCUUCUUCUUCUUCUUCCAUCAUCAUCAUCAUCAUCUUUCCUUUUUCGUUUCAUAUCGGUCUCUUCUUUCAAUUCUCUUUCUUCUUCUUUCCAUACUUUGUCAUUCUUUCUUCUUGUCAUUUUCUUCGUUCUUCCACUUUUCUCUACCACUUUAGUAUUGCCUUUCAUUUUUGCUAUGCUGUUCUCCUCUUCCUUGUCCCUUUCUUUUCUUUUUUUUCUUUAUCUCUGUUAUGUCAUUCUCUCCCUUUCUUUUUCUCCUUCCUCGUUCUUCUCUCCUUUUUUCUUUCUUUCUCUUAUCUUAUUUUCUUCCUCCUACUUGUGGUUUUUCUUCGUGUUUCCUCUUCAUUAUUUUCUCUUCUUAUUUUGUUGUGACUCUCUCCACUUCCCAUCCUUUUCUUUCUUUCUCUUUCUUUUCCAUUUCUUUCUUCGUCCUGUCAUUCUCCCCCUUGUUUCUUUUGUUUCUUCUUUGUUUGGCUCUUUUUUUUUUCUUUUUUUUUUUUUUUUUACUUUUCCCACUCUUUUCUAA